AAUCGAGGCCCCGAGAUGGUUCUGUGCAGGGCAAACAGAAAUAGCCUUUGUGCGCUGUUUCCUGUUUUCCUCGGAAACCCCGGGCUGAACACCGCCACCGCCUGCCCUCCUCGGUGCCUUCCUCCUUCUGUCCCUCCCCGGUCCCUCCGCCAGCCCUCAGAGGUCCUGCCUAAGGACCCCGAGGCAUUGCCACCCGCUUCUCCUUUGUCCCGAGGACCCCAACACCCGGGGACAUGCUUGGACCCGCACCCGAGCCCCCUGAUCGCCCUGGGGACCCAGGACGGUUACUUCUCUCACCGGCCCAAAGAGAAAGUGCGGACCGAUAGCAACAACGAGAACUCGGUGCCCAAGGACUUUGAGAACGUGGACAACAGCAACUUCGCGCCCAGGACCCAGCAGCGGAAGCACCAGCCCGAAUCGGCCAAGAAGCCCGCGGGUCGGCAGAAGGAGCGAUUGCAGAGGAAGCUGGAGCCCCAGGAGAAGGGACAGGGGCAGGGACGUCCCUUCCUGGGGAAAGGCCCCAAGGAGGCCCUGCCUCCCCGGGAGAGCGCUGCGGCCAACAGCAGCCGAGGGAAGGACCCCCCCAGACCCCCCCACGCCAGGAGGGGCGGAGGCAGCUCCCGGGAGAGCAAGGACGACCGGCCCCCCAGGUGUGACAUUUCGGGCAAGGAGGCCAUCUCGGCCCUGUCCCGCUCCAAGUCCAGGCACUGCCGCCAGGAGAUCGGGGAGACCUACUGCCAGCACAAGCUGGGGCUGCUGAUGCCCGAGAGGGUGACACGGCUCUGCCCCCUGGAGGGCAAAGCCACCAAGAACGUUCAGUGGGACGAAGACUCCGUGGAGUACAUGCCAGCCAACCCCGUCAGGAUCGCCUACGUCCUGGUGGUCCACGGCCGAGCCUCCCGGCAGCUGCAGCGCAUGUUCAAGGCCAUCUACCACAAGGACCACUUCUACUACAUCCACGUGGAUAAGCGCUCUAACUACCUGCACCGGCAAGUGCUGCAGUUCGCCGGGCAGUACGGCAACGUCCGCGUCACCCCCUGGAGGAUGGCCACCAUCUGGGGCGGAGCCAGCCUCCUGGCCACCUACCUGCAGAGCAUGCGGGACCUGCUGGAGAUGACCGACUGGCCCUGGGACUUCUUCAUCAACCUCAGCGCGGCCGACUACCCCAUCAGGACGAAUGACCAGUUGGUGGCAUUUCUCUCCCGAUACCGAGAUAUGAACUUCCUGAAGUCACAUGGCCGGGACAAUGCAAGGUUCAUCCGGAAACAAGGCCUGGACCGGCUCUUCCUGGAGUGCGACGCGCACAUGUGGCGCCUGGGGGAUCGCAGGAUCCCCGAGGGCAUCUCGGUGGACGGCGGCUCCGAUUGGUUCCUGCUGAACCGGAAGUUUGUGGAGUACGUGACGUUCUCCACGGACGAUCUGGUGACCAAGAUGAAACAGUUCUAUGCCUACACGCUGCUUCCCGCGGAGUCCUUCUUCCACACGGUCCUGGAGAACAGCCCCCACUGUGACACCAUGGUGGACAACAACCUGCGGGUCACCAACUGGAACCGCAAGCUGGGCUGCAAGUGCCAGUACAAGCACAUUGUGGACUGGUGCGGCUGCUCCCCCAACGACUUCAAGCCCCAGGACUUCCACCGCUUCCAGCAGACGGCGCGGCCCACCUUCUUCGCGCGCAAGUUCGAGGCGGUGGUGAACCAGGAGAUCAUCGGGCAGCUGGACUACUACCUGUACGGGAACUACCCGGCGGGCACCCCGGGCCUGCGCGCCUACUGGGAGAACGUGUACGAGGAGCCCGACGGCGUGCACAGCCUGAGCGACGUGGCGCUGUCGCUGUACCACGCCUUCGCCCGCCUGGGGCUGCGCAGGGCCGAGGGCUCGCUGCACACGGACGGCGAGAACAGCUGCCGGUACUACCCGAUGGGCCACCCAGCGUCUGUCCACCUCUACUUCCUCGCUGACCGCUUCCAGGGCUUUCUGGUCAAGCACCACGCUACCAAUCUGGCCGUGAGCAAACUCGAGACCCUAGAGACGUGGGUGAUGCCAAAGAAAGUCUUCAAGAUCGCAAGCCCUCCCAGCGACUUCGGGAGGCUGCAGUUCUCUGAGGUCGGCACGGACUGGGACGCCAAGGAGCGGCUGUUCCGCAACUUCGGGAGUCUCCUGGGGCCCAUGGACGAGCCAGUGGGAAUGCAGAAGUGGGGGAAGGGGCCCAACGUGACCGUGACCGUCAUCUGGGUGGAUCCUGUCAAUGUCAUCGCAGCCACCUACGACAUCCUGAUCGAGUCCACCGCUGAGUUCACCCACUACAAGCCCCCUUUGAACUUGCCCCUGAGGCCCGGGGUCUGGACCGUGAAAAUUCUCCACCACUGGGUGCCGGUUGCAGAGACCAAAUUCCUUGUUGCACCUCUGACCUUCUCAAACAGGCAGCCCAUCAGACCAGAGGAGGCGCUGGAGCUGCACAACGGGCCCCCCCGCAGUGCCUACAUGGAGCAGAGCUUCCAGAGCCUGAACCCCGUCCUCAGCCUGCCCAUCAGCCCCGCCCAGGUCGAGCAGGCUGCCCGCCACGCCGCCUCCACGGGCGCAGCGCUGGAGGGCUGGCUGGACUCGCUGGUGGGCGGGAUGUGGACCGCCAUGGACGUCUGCGCCACGGGCCCCACCGCCUGCCCCGUCAUGCAGACCUGCAGCCAGACAGCCUGGAGCUCCUUCAGCCCCGACCCCAAGUCAGAGCUGGGGGCCGUCAAACCCGACGGCCGGCUGAGGUAGCACUGGCCACGGGAGGGCCACCGCGUGAUCUCCAUGGGAAGGCAGCCGGAGGGCUGGUGCCGCGGGACCCCGGCCUCCCGCCCUGGGGUGCCCCUUGUGCCAGGGGCUCUCCUGGCCAUGGGACGGAGGAGGCGGAGGGUCUGGAGGUCAGAGCAGAGCCAACCUGCACCUGGCGAGCUGGCUUCUGGGGCUGGCACCAGGGUGGUCCCACCUCUGCUGGCGGGUCCCCCAAGUUCCGCAGGUCCCUCUCCUCCCCGUCCUGUGACCUGCCCUCAUCCUGCACAAGUGAUCUCACACUUUUAUUUUGGGCAGCAGAACUGGGUUGACUUGUUGGGUGGAAGUUCAGGCGCAGAGGAAAUCCAGGCUGUGCCCCUGGGAAGCCGAGGGGUGAGGCCCCCUCCCCAGGCCCAGCCCGCCAGGCCGGCCCUGUGCCCAGGACAUCUCCCAAGGUCCCUCUUCCAAACCCAAGGGCUCUGUGAAACCCAGUUGGACAAGCACUGCCCAGAGGGAGGUCUGGCCUCCUGCUGCCCUCUGCUUAGCUUUCUGCUCCUUCGUCUGGGAGUGCCCCGGGGCCAGCUCUGACGUGGCCAGUCACCGAGGUCACAGUCUCAGGCCUUUCCCAGGGAGAUGGGCUCGGGAAGACCCUGAGCCUCCCACCAGCCCUUCUAGGCACCAGCUGUUCUCCCUGAUCAAUGGAGAAGCAGGGAAGCCUGUGGAUGGGACCUGGCCAAGAAGUGUGACGGCCCGGUGGCCGUGAGUCUGGGCCACCCUCCCCGGAGGCUGCCGCCCAGGGUCGUAGGGGUGGAAUGAGGUUGGUGAGCACGAGCCUCGAGUCCUAACCAACCUGGGAACGGUGGGGACCGUGGCCAGGGAAGGCACGAGGCGCUGCCUGGGCAGGUCUCCCGAGCUGGGCAGCAAAGCAAUACCCACCCCCUACCUGCCACCGCCCUUCCGUUCCGAGGUCAGGCGCCCAACCCUUCGUGAAUCGCACACCUGGUGCUGCGGGUGGGGGACCAGAGGCCCGGACCGGGCUCCUCGCAGGGAAGAGCAUCUCCGAGUCACCGAGGAACUCCAUGUCCCCCCUCGUCCACGCCGCCACAGGCCCAUCCGAGAAGGCCGAGUCUCGAAAGCGGGAAGGUGGUCCAAAGGUUCAAAAAUGGUGUGAUUCGAAUCGCUUGAGUGACCAGAGACUCGAAGGGUCUCCUUGCCAUGUGCCCUCUAGGGGACACCCCCCCGACAUAGCUCCCUGGGGGCCCCCCCAAGGCCCCUCUUCUUCCUCAAAUCCCACCUCUCCUGAGUGACAGGGUGCCCUGGGAGCAGACGCUCCCGUUGGUCCCCCGGGGAGCUGGUCUGGGCACCUGCCCUGGCCCAGGCGAGCAGGUUCUGCGGUUCACCUGGGCGACCGACCUCCCGCGACGUGGCCCCCACCCCCACCCCCCGGCGAGGCAGGAUGUCCUACUGGCCGCGGAGGACACGGAGAAGGGACACCAGAUAUUUAUGAUUUGUACGUUUCAGUCCGUGACUGGUCAGCAGUGCUGCGGUCACAGCCUGCGGACGUUUUCGUCCUGAUGGAAGCCGCCUUUCUUUCACGAGAGGCCCCCUCCCUCCUGGCCACCCCCUAGCCUGUCUGUCUGUCUGUCUGUCCCUCUCUCAGUUUCUAUCUUUCUGGGUCUGCCGACAUCCUCCCUGUCCUCGGAGUAAAGCAGGAGCCUUGGACACCAGGAGAGAGCUUCAGCCGUUGUCGUCCCCUGGCCGCGGGUGGGAGCCCUGGGGACGACCAGCGUCCAGCUUUCCCCUGUCCCCUGCCCUAAGCACAGAGCAGUGACAGCUGCAGGACGGGCAGUGGCGGACUCCCAGGCCCAUCUCACCAUGGCAUCCAUGUGAACAGGCUCCUCCGCAGGGGGACGGGUGUGGUCAGCCCCAGCCAGGAGAGUCCAGAGAAAGACAGCUGUGGUCCCAGGCGGCUCUGGGAACCUGAGCCUCUUUCUCAGAAAGCCUGUAGGGUCCCUAGGUGGUUUCACCCAGUCCCAGGGGACCACGGGGCCAGCGACAGGGCCUCUUUCUGUCCCCCGCCUCUGCCACAGGCCAGCGUGUUCCUGGAGCUGGGAGGCUCUCCUCCCGCUCCUCGCUGAGCUGCCGGGACUCUCUCCUGCAGUAUUAUGAUUGGUGGCUUUAGGGACGCAGCCCCGGCAGGCCCCGGUACACAGAGCAGGCGACCAACUCCAGCACCCGGUCCCUCCUGACCCUCUGACAUUUCCCGCUCUCCAUCCUGGACGCCUGGAGGCCUGGCCGCCACUGGCCUGCUCUGGGGACCUCCCUCCUCCCCAAGGCUGCCCUCCCCCACACGCUGCAACUGAUUUGGGGGGGCUGAGAAGUCACACGGGGGGUUCUUUUGUCUCCGCUGUUUGGGGAUCAUGAGAGGAAGGUUGCAGCUGUCACAUUUGAUUAAAAAAAAAAAAUUCCAAACAAAGCCUAGUGCCAUUCGCCAAAAGGAGAUGUUUUCCCAGGGAGGAGAACAGUGUCGGUUCUUUGUUGUUGUUGUUGUUGUUGUUGUUGGGUUGAUAACCUGCCUGACAGCGGUUCUUUGUCUGAGGCCCCUGGCCAGGCAGCUUGGAGGCCGUCUGGAGAUUUCAAGGGCUUGGGGCAGGGGUCUCUGGGGACCCUGAAAACUCUGGAAGGUGAGACUUGGGUGUCCGCCACGAGGCAGGGGAGAGACGAGGGAUCGGAGCUCUCUGUGCACUGGGGCAGGGAGAGUCCCGAGGCAGCCAGCUUCCCAAAUCCCACCUCCCGGGGGCCUUGCAUGGACCCUAAAGCCUCCAAGGAGGAGGCGUGCCACUCCUUGUUCCCUUUGGAAAUCAGCCUCCCUGGUGGGCUCAGGAACCCGGGCUCCAUUCUCCUGGUCCAUUUCAAAAUCCAAAAGGAGCUUAGAGAAGAUGAGCCACACCACCCAGCGCACCCACCCCCAGGGGUCAGAUGUCUGCCACCCUGGGCACGUGCCGGACAUGUGGCUCUCUAGUCUGCCAUUCAGGAGGGCACUGGUGAACCCUGACCUCUCCAUCAAGAAGGUCCAGAGUAGGUUGGAGCAGGAGCCACCAGAUGAGGGGCAUGAGAAGAGCCCCCUUACACAACCAGCUUCACGGAGGGGUCUGGGCCACCAGGUCCCUGGCAGCAUUUCGAGGCGGGGUGGGUGUCCUGGAAACCGCCGUGAAGGGCUCCAGCUUGGAGCGUGCCCAGGUGGCUUUCCAGAGCACAGGCCCACGCUGCGGUAGGGUCGCAGACGCUUCCUGAGGUCCAGGACAGGGACAGAGAUGAGUGAGACCGCGGAGGUUGAGUCCCAGGCGGUGGUGAGGGCAGGGUCUGUCAUGCGUGUGGCCCAUCCAGCUGCAAGAAAAGCUCCGUGUGGCGGAAUUCUCCAGUUUGGUCAGGGAAGCCAGCAAUCCAGAUUUUUCUGAGAAAAUCUGAUUUUUCAAUGUCGGCUGUUUUGUUUUGUUUUGUUUUUUAAACCGAGUGUGAGUCAAAAUAAUAAUGAUUCCAUCCUUCCAAUUAUGCACUAGCAGCCAUCUCUGCCCUCUGGGAAGUGGCUCCAUGAGGUGAACACUUCCCGCUGGAAGAGGGGGAAAGAGCUAGCACUGGAGAAAGGCCGUUGCUGGGGCUGAAUUCUGAAGGGCACGGGGAGCUGUGGCUGCUCUGUCCCCUCCUAAACAGACGGUCCCACAGAGGAGGGCUGGCGGUUCAGCAAUCCUGGUCCCAAGACCCACUGUGCAGAAGGGAACAGAAACACCAUUUGGCGCUCUGGACUGCUGCCCCUAGUGCACACGCAGAGGUCCUCGUCCCCCUGGGUCCACGCCUUGCAGGAUUCCAUCAGACCAGGCAGAAACGGCAGGGACCCAGGGGAAGAGGGUGGUGGGUGAAACAGCCAGUCUCCCUCCCCGUCCCAAGUCUUGGCCGCCAUCUUGCCAUCUCUGGAAGCUUCUUCAGAAACCGCCCUGAGCCGUGCUUGCUCACGGGGUGUCCCCUAGCUUCUGCCUCAGUUACCUUACUUUGCCCAUGGGUCAACCACAGGCGCUACCUCAUUGUGUCUGCUCAGAAGUUUACCUGGGGGUGGGGGGACGGAAGGUGUCCAAACCUGCUGGAGCUGAAUGUACGAUCUAUGCAAAUUAUUUCUCUGCGUGUGUGUGUGUGUGUCUCUCUGUCUCUCUCUCUCUCUUUCACUGACUUAGAAGUAUUAUUUUUUUUAACCUUGCAAACGAGAUACUGUAUAGGACCCUCUUAGACCCGAGGAGGGCCUUCAUGCACCACCUGUGACGGCCCCUACUGUGGUCUCUGGUUCUGUUCUUGCCAAGCCCCCCGCAGGGAGAAAGGGCCUCUCCUCUCCCCACUUGGCUGGGAAUACUCCAACUGCCUCUGCCUAGGACACCACCGGGAAGCGGUCCUGCCCCUUGCCACCCACCCCGGAUGCCGUUUGGUCCUUUCUGCAUCCUCCUCCGACUCGCUCCGCCUGACCCCGCAUCCUUGCAUCCAACCUCAUCCCCCACCCCCAAAAGCCUUAGGUUUCUCCUUUUUGAAAUGUGGCCUUAAAAUUCUUUUUGGAAAGCUCACCGUCCUCUCCCCCAGAGUUUCUACCACCCUCACAGGAGCAGGCGCAUGGCCAAGCUCUCCGGGCGGGCCUCCCUGGGCCAGGCCCUCCAUCUGCAGUCCGCAGGUGCAAUAGAAAUGGCUCACGCCUGUCGUCUUUAAAGGGAAAAAUGAAAUGCUCUCAUGUUUUUCCUCUGGGCACAAUGAAGGCUCGGGUGCUCCUCUAAGCCUCAGCUGAUUCCCGAAGCCCUCCUGGGUCCCCGUGUUCCUGUAGGGGACUGGCUUGAUGACCGGCAGGGGGCUCCUGGCAUCUCCCCAACCCAGGACUGGGUGACUUUACGGACUUCACUCAAGGGUCCCUCAGGAGAGUUUCUCAAGUGAUCUCUUCAUCCUUCCUGCCUGGAAAGUGGUGGUAUUCAUUAGUCCCAGCGGAUGGGUCGCGUUCGCCAAGGGAUCCUCCUCUCCCCACCUUCAGCCUCCAUUCCCGACUCCCUCCGUCACAAGCGCUGACGGAGGCCAAAGACAAUCCCAGGGUUUUCAUAGGAAAUUCACUGGAAUUGAGUUCCAUUGUCUUUGUACUCUUUCCUUGUCUCCUUCUUUUUUAAAAUAUUAAGUUGUCCAUAGCAUUGAUUUGGGUACUUGUUUUAGAGGCCUCUCGAUAAGUUAUUACUGUCUCCCUCAUUGUUUUCAAAGACAUGUGGUGAUAUAGUUUUUAAAAAUAACUAUUUUGUUACAGAUCAUAAUAUGCAUAAAACUGUACAGAAAAAAAAAUAUUUUGUAAUGUAUUGAUUUAAAAAAAAGAGAGAAUCUGUAAAUAAAGUUUUAAAAAAAGAGAAUCCACUUGGCACAGGCUGAAAGAUGUAGAUAUUUUGCUAUUUAUUUAAAGGAGUAUUUUAAGAGAGAUGGAACUAUCUGAAAUUUGACCAAUAAUCAAAGUUCUAACCGUCCAAAUGCUUUUCCUCAAGGUAGAAUGUGAUUCUCAGAACCAAUUGCAUUACCUGCUCAUUUUUUUGCACCUUUUCUGUCUUUUUGUUUAGCAGAAAAAAAACAACGAAAUUGUGCCUUAGCUGUAUUUUUCUUUUGUCUAGGGGAGUUUGUUUCUGUCUGACAAAGCAAAAUCUUUUGCAGAAAAGAGUGGAUGUAUUAAAUACUGUAUCAUACCAAAAACACUGCAGGUGUAUAUAGACGCUUUCUGUCAUACUGUGUUUUCAGAUGCAGAAUUUUAAAAUAAAAAAAAAAUGCUGUCUUUAUUGAACAAA